CGGUCGUCGCUCUGCCCCGACCAUGACGUUCCCAAUCCCGGCGUGAGCAGCGACAGUGACGUGGUCUUGGCACUCGCCUGGUGAUCCUGGCGAGAGCUCUCACGUCGUCGAGCUGACCAUCACAUUGGAACACUCACAAAACAACAACACUUCACUCAUCUCGCGACUCCGAAACACACUCCAUCACUCACAACACCUCUCCCAUCACACCUUCCACCCAACAUGUCCGCCAUCCGCAUCAUCCGCGCUCUUCCAAAGACCCCAGUCACUUCUCGCAGCUUCUCCGUCGCAGCUCGCAGAAUGGCCGGAGGUGACACUGGCGCCACUCGCUCCGGCGGUGCAGCAGCGAGCGAUUCCUUCACCAAGCGUGAAGAGGCCAACGAGGCUGCCUUCAUCAAGAAGGCCGAGAGGGAGAAGUUGGAGGCCUUGAAGAAGAAGAUUGCCGACUCCGAGGCACAAUUGGCAAAGGACAGGAAGGAGGCCGAUGACAUUGUGAAGGGUUCCGGCAAGCAGUAGAUGGAAUGAACAGGCCGGAGACAUAGAACGAUAGGCAUCAAGAAGCGACGAGUCAUGUACAUAUAACAGCUACCAGAGUCACGAAAGCAUGUCUCCAGUGGAAAUUGAGACAUUCCACAACGCCCUGAGACCACC